GUUUCUGCUUACCCUCUGCCAGGCGUAGGGGGCAACCGAAAGCCUGAGCCGGGGUAACUGGGUAGAUGACCUGAGCCGAUUCAUCAAAAUCCUCCGACUGCGAACUCCGAUUGCGAAUUCCGACGUCUAAAACCUGUUUUGUUGGGGUCUCUGAAGCGACACGUAUAAACGUAUUCCAAAGGCAAGCGUAGACCCAAGGUUAGGUACGCCUACAAAAAUCAGAGACAUCACUCAACAUCACGUCCCGAGCCGGCAAAUACGACCUGGACAGGGAACUGAGACAGUCUCUACCCCGCCGCACUCACAAUCCUCCGUUCCAGCGCCGCCACCCCCGCAUUUCACCCAAAAGCCAAGCACGACCAUGGCUACCCCAGCACCGUUCACCCUCGUCCGCGCCACCGAGGCCGACAUGCCGGAAGUGAUCAGGCUCUGCUGGCUGUCCUUCCCACAGGUCGUCCGGGACCUUCUGAUGGGGACCCCGACCGAGGCCGACCUGCCGCGGUCCGUGGCGCAAUACCAGGAGGAGCUCCGCUCGGACCCGUACGCCGUUUGGGUCAAGGUCAUCGACAACGCCACUGGCCGGGUCGCGGCCGCCAGCCACUGGAGGAUCUUCCCGGGGGCCUCGGCGCCUGCGGGGGCCGACGAGGAUACGCCGCCCCCCUGGCUGGACGAUGAGAGCCGCGUAAAGGCGCAGGGGAUCCUGGAUGAGAUGACUGAGGCAAGGGUCAAGGCUAAUCCCGAGGGAUAUGUUCACCUACACAUCUUGUUCACGGAUUCGGACUUUCGUCGGCAGGGGGCAGGUGAUAUGAUGUUGAAAUGGGGCACCGACAUUGCGGAUGUCCUUGGGGUUGCCGGAUGGGUAGAGGCUUCUAAGGACGGCACCAUGCUGUAUGAGCGCCAUGGCUUCAAGGUCGUCGCCUACCAGUCAAGUGGAGGAACCUUCAUGAGAAGAGAGCCCAUUACACUGACAAGAACUGGUGGUCGCGCGAAGAGACCAUGAUCUAUCGCACCAGUGUGUGGCUAUUCAUAUCCUAAAUCUUUUAUUUGCAUGUGGUUGAAUGCUAGCGAAGUGUAGAUAUACCGAACAUGUUAUUUCAGGUAGUUCUCGAGUAAGCGAUUGCUCUG